GACGUUGGAGGAUCUUUUGAAAAAUCGCGUAGUCAGUAUUAAAAAAGUUGUCCGCUGGUUGAGAACAACGGCGAAUUCGUGGUUACAUUUUUUUUAUUACACAGGAAACUUUCCAGAAACCCCAACAACCCACCAACAAAAUGGCUGAACAAAAGAAGGCUCCUUUGAUGAGGAAAGAAGAAGAUUUCACCAAAGCUUUGGAUGGCUUCAUUACACCCACCGACCAAGUUGCCUUGUUGUUGGAUUACGAUGGUACUUUGGCUCCUUUGACCGAAGAAUUGUCCAUCAUGCCCAAGGAUACCGAAAUCAAUAUCAAGAAAUUGGCUGCCAACGAGAAGAUCUUCAUGUGCGUCUUCUCUGGCCGUGAAUUGAGCGAAAUCAAGAACCACCUGAAAUUCCCCAAUGUCACCUAUGCCGGUAACCACGGUUUGGAAGUUGAAUAUCCCUCUGGCAAGAAAUUCAAGAUUGAAAUGCCCGAAGAAUUGUUGGAGAAGCACAAUAAAUUGGUAGCUGAACUCAAAGAAAAGGUUGUCUGCUCUGGAGCCUGGGUUGAGGACAAGAAAAUCUCUGUGACCUACCACUACAAGGGUGUCAAUGACAAAUUGAAGGCCAAAUUGAUUGAAACCGCCAAGGGUUUGAUCCAAGGUCACGGCUUCCAAUUGAUCGAGACCCCCUAUGCCUUGGAAGGCAAGCCACGUGUCAACUGGGAUAAGGGUGAGGGCGCUAAGAUGAUCUUGGAAAAACAAUUCAAUGCUGACUGGGCCAAGAACUUGAAGAUCGUGUACUGCGGUGACGACACCACCGAUGAAGAUGCCAUGAAAAUGUUAUCCGGCAUUGGCAAAACAUUCAGAGUGUCCGAAUUGCCCAACUUGAAGACCUACGCCAACUUCCAAAUUAAGACCGUCGAGGAAGUCGGCUGGUUGUUGAAGGCUAUCCAAGCCAACUAUGAAAAGAAGAAGAACUAAGCAGGAUUAUGACUGUUAUUUUUAGUUUUUUUUUGUCUUUUUUUUAAUUAUUAACUCUAGAGUCUUUAACAUUAAAACAAUCCAGGGGCGGACAUAACUUUUUUGGUACCCAUUAUUUACUUUAUCAUAAUGAAAAUUUGUAAUAAUAUACAUGCUCAAACGUUAAAUCAAAAAGAGAAAAAAAUUAUGAAAAUUAACAUUUACACCAAAGAGUAAAUGUAUUUUUUUAAACCUAAACAUAUUGUAUUUAUUUAUAAUAAAAAAAUAAAAUAAGUGGGUAUAAAUUACACAAAUAA